UAUGGAUAACAUUGAGAAAAAUUGGAAUUCUAGAACACUUAAUUGUGCUCAUGAGGAACCUUUACAUAGACAAAAGACGGUUGUUCGGACAGAACAAGGGAAUACUGCAUGGUUUAAGUCAGGAAAGGUGUGAGUCAGGAUUGUAUUCUUUCACCAUACCUAUUCAAUCUGUACGCUGAGCAAAUAAUCUGAGAAGCUGGACUAUAUGAAGAAGAAUGGGGCAUCAGGAUUGGAGAAAGACUCAUUAUCAACCUGCGUUAUGCAGAUGACACAACUUUGCUUGCUGAAAGUGAAGAGGACUUGAAGCGCUUACUAAUGAAUAUCAAAGACCACAGCCUUCAGUGUGGAUUACACCCCAACAUAAAGAAAACAAAAAUCCUCACAACUGGCCCAAUGAGCAACAUCAUGAUAAAUGGAGAAAAGAGUGAAGAUGUCAAGGAUUUGAUUUGACUUGGAUCCACAAUCAACAGCCAUCUAACACCAGUCAAGAAAUCAAAAGAUGCAUUGCCUUGGGUAACUCUGCUGCAAAGGACCUCUUUAAAGUGUUGAAGAGCAAAGAUCUCACCUUGAAGACUAAGGUGUGCCUGACCCGAGCCAUGGUAUUUUUAAUCACAUCAUAUGCAUGUGAAAGCUGGACAAUGAAUAAGGAAGACCGAAGAAGAAUUGACGCCUUUGAAUUGUGAUGUUGGCAAAGAAUACUGAAUAUACCAUGGACUGCAAAAAGAACGAAGAAAUCUGUCUUAGAAGAAGAACAACCAGAAUGCUCCCUAGAAGCAAGGAUGGCGAGACUGCAUCUUACAUACUUUGCACAUGUUGUCAGGAGGGAUCAAUCCCUGGAGAAGGACAUCAUGCUUGGCAGAGUACAGGGUCAGCUGCAAAGAGGAAGACCCUGAACGAGGUGGAUUGACACAGUGGCUUCAACAAUGAGCUCAAGCAUAACAAUGAUUGUAAGGAUGGCUCAGGGCUGGGCAGUGUUUCCUUCUGUCCUGGAUAGGGUCGAUAUGAGUCAGAGUGGACUCCAUGGCACCUAAGAACAACACAACAGGAAAUUAAUACACCUGGAAACUUGUUAAAAUGCAGAUUCUGGUUCAGUAGAGGCAGUCUACUGAGCCUGCAUGUCUAACAAGCUUCCAGGUGAGGCUGAUGCUGCUACUCAUGGAUCACACUCUGAGGAGCAAGGAACUAGAUGAUUCUAUCUCAAAGAUAUGUAUGUAGAAAGAGUGGUGCUUGUUAUGGUAGUUAUCAUUAGGGAUUAGUUUGCUAACUUGGAAGGAUGGACAGAGGUGGAAAGAAUGACUGCAUUUUUAAUCCUUUGACUAUUCAGCUGAACCUAAUCUAUUGCCAAAAUACAGGCUUUUAUUUAUUGUAUGUGUCAAAUACAAUACUUGUAUUUAUGUUUAUUCAUUAAAAAUUUAAAAUCUGUAGUAGUGCUGCUGGUUGAUGAUGUGUAUUCUUUUUGUAAUGUAUUACUCUUCUUUUCACUUUCUUGACAGUCACGCCAGCUACAUGGAACCAGGAAACCACACAGAGGUUUUAGAAUUUAUUCUCCUUGGACUCUCAGAAGUGGAAGAACUGCAAUCCCUUCUUCUUGGGCUGUUCCUGUCCAUGUACUUGGUCACAUUUAUUGGGAACCUUCUCAUCAUCUUGGCCACCAUCACUAGCUCCCAUCUCCACACUCCCAUGUACUUUUUCCUUGCCAACUUUUCCUUUGUAGAUAUAUGUUUCACCUCCACCACUAUCCCAAAGAUGCUGCUGAAUAUCCACACCCAUAACAAAACCAUCACCUAUCAAGGCUGCCUUUCCCAAAUGUAUUUUUUCAUCCUUUUUGCAGAGUUAGAUAGUUUUCUCCUUUCUAUAAUGGCCUAUGACCGGUUUGUGGCCAUCUGUUACCCACUGCACUAUACAGUUAUCAUGAAUCCCAGACUCUGUGUCUUGCUGCUUCUGUUGUCCUGGAUAUUGAGUGGUCUGGACUCUCUGGUACAUGGUUUGUUAUUGUUGCAACUGUCUUUCUGUACUAACUUGGAAAUUCCCCACUUCUUCUGUGAAAUCAAUCAGGUUAUCCAACUUGCCUGUUCUGAUACCCUCCUCAGUGUCAUAGAGAUGUAUUUUACAACUGUGGUAGUAGCCAUUAUUCCCCUCACUGGUAUCAUAUUUUCGUAUUCUCGGAUUGUCUCUUCCAUACUGAGAAUUACAUCAGCAAGGGGGAAAUAUGAGGCAUUUUCCACUUGUGGGUCUCACCUUUCAGUUGUGUCUUUGUUUUAUGGUACAGGCCUUGGGGUGUACCUCAGUUCUGCCACUACCCAAAAUUCCAGGGCCAGUGCAAUAGCCUCAGGGAUGUACACCAUAGUCACACCCAUGCUGAAUCCCUUUAUCUACAGCUUGAGGAACAAGGACAUAAAAGGGGCAUUGAAAAGUCUUGUUGGGAUUGUCAUUUUAAAUGAGUGA